AUGCAGUCUAUUUCCCAGUCUCCAUUGCACCAUUACCACCAACACCCGAAUCAGAAUCCAAAACAACACCAUUUAUUCGCCAGCCCCGUCCGCGCCGACCCACACCCACGAAAAUCUAUUCUCCCAAGCUUUGACGAGGACAAUGAUCUCUCCUCCGAACCCCGCUCCAGUUAUAUUAUCGACUUGGAUCUCCCCGACUUUGACUCCCGGCUGAUUCCCUCCCCGCAGUUCCAUGCCGUUGUGAAUGGGCUCUCUUUAGGCGUCUCCAAUAAUGUCGAUGCCGAUGACAAUAGCAAAUCCAGCAACACCAACAACAACACCAAGGCCUCUACGAGCCCGCGGCCCAGCCUCGAAUCACUCCUACCGCCCCAGGCUAUACAUGCAACCCAGGACGCGGACGCGAAGCACCAGUCGUUCCUCGAGCUCGAGGCCGACUGCAGCGCGCUUCAGCUCGACUCGGAGGUGAUCGUGCUCACGCGCCCGCGCACCAUGUCCAAGAUUCCCUCGGCGUACCUGCACUCGCCGUACCCGCUCUCGUCUCGCGCUCCGUCGCCUGCGCCCCCAGCUAUGCGCGUCCAGGUCCAGAUGCAGCAGCACCAGCAGUCUGUGCAGCUGAGUGAUCCUGGGUUCUCCAGAGGAACAGGAGCGGCAGGGGGAACGGGACACAAGUACCAGCGCAAGGCGCCACCCCAGCUUCAGCUCAAAACAUCCAAUUACCGCCGCCGCUCGCGCCGCAUCAGCGCGCAGUUACAGCUCGGCGAAAACACAGCGGCGUACUUUGUCCCGCACCCCGCUGCGAAUCUGCGCGGCGUCGGCGGUGCUGUUGCAGGGGUAGGCACAUCGUCCCUCGCACCCGCGCCGAGCCCACAGCACUCCGUCGUCUCGCACUCGCGCACGAUGACGCCCAUCUCCAUCAAAUCCUUCCGCUUCUCCUACACCUCCUCCGCGCGCUGCGUCGGCGGCGCGGCGCGGGUCCAGUUCUCGACGAAGGAACUGCACCGUCGCCGCAUUCUCAAGCUCCAACGCACGUUCGGCGAGCGCGUGCCGCUGGAACUGGUCACUGUCAGCCCGCGCCGCCGCCGCUCGACGUCGCAUCGCCUGUCGGUCGUGUCGUACCGUGCGCCGGCGGUGUUUUAUCCGCCGUUUGAUGUGAAUGCGAAUGGGACGCCGGUGUCGGGUGUUGCGAGGGAUUGGGCGUUGGAUCAGAUUGGGCCGUCGGUGUCUGCGGGCGGUGCGGGUGGUGCGCUGCAGAGUGUGUUGAAGUUGGCGGUGGCGCCGCGCCAGACGGCGAAGGUGCCGCAUAAUACGUUGAGGAAGACGCAGAUGGUGAUUAAAAGGAAGGAGGAGGAGGAAGAGGUGGCGGGUGCGUCGUCGCCGUCUGUGUUGGAGGAGCACGAUGAGGAUCGGGGCGAUAAUAGUAUUUGGCUGGACGAAGAUGAGCCGGCGCGGCCCAAGAGGAAGAGGGCUAGCGCGCGGGCGUCGGGGUUGCUGGUGUUUGUGAAUAAGAGCCAGGGAAGGAAUUUGGAUAGGGUCAGUCGGAUUGCGGGGGUGCAGUAUGAGGACGGGCAGGUUGUGCAUCCUGUUCAUGCGACGGCAAUGUCGACGGUGUCGAUGUCGAGGCCGGUGUCGACGCAGUAUCAUCAUUUCCGACAGCGCUCGUCGAUGCUACUCGGCCCGUCGCGUCUGGGUGCAUCGCCAUCGCCCGCCCCGGGUUCUGCGCACGCUACUGCCACUGCUACUGCGAUUUCUACUCCCCCUGCCCAGCCUCAAGCUGGUCCUUCGCGCCUUGCCAUCGCGUCCUCGGCGUCGGCUCCCUUUGAUGUAGACGCUGCGUUCCCGGAGGGCAGCGAGCUGUCGUACUGCGAUUCCCCUGCGUCGUCUCCGUCUAUGCCUGCGUUUAGGAAUAUCUAUGAGAUCGAGGAGAGCGAGGAGAACGCGGAGCUGCAUCGGCAUCCGAUUGACGUUGCGAUUGAUUUGUCGAGUGAUAGCACGGGUUCGCCUGUGCCGCCACCGAAAGGGAGUGCUGGCGUAGGUGCUGCUUCUGCUGCUGCCAAUAACGCGGCACAGCGCUCCGUCGGACAUACACCGUCAAACUCGUAUACCUCCGAGGGACAUGCGUCGGGGUUGCACCAUGCGGGCGGAGGCUUGCUUGAUGUGCCGGAUAAGUUUGGAUCGGGGACGCGCAGGAGGGAGAGGAGGCAGGGGUGGAGUGGGGAGUGGAAUCAGCCGACGAUUAUGGAUGUUAUUCAGAAGUUGAGGGAAAUAUGA